CGACGCUCGGCGUCGAUCAGACGAGCCUCGACACCCUUACAUUGUGACCCACGUGAAACGGAAAACGGUUCGAUUCCCGGAGGGAGCCGCGACACGUCGCCGAUUCUUCAGCAACAGGCUUAAAAAGAGGCAAAGUACAGAAUGAGGACCAGGACAAGCGUUCUGACAUCGAGCUUGGCUUUCCUCUAUUUCGUUGGGAUCGUGGGAAGAUCAGUCUUAGCCAUGGAAGAAACACCAGCCUCGUCUAUGAAUCUUCAACAUUAUAACAAUAUGUUGAAUCCUAUGGCGUUCGACGAUACCGUGCCUGAAAAGAGAGCGUACACUUACGUUUCCGAGUAUAAGAGGCUACCCGUCUACAACUUUGGUAUUGGAAAGCGUUGGAUCGAUACCAAUGAUAACAAGAGAGGGCGCGACUACUCCUUCGGCCUUGGGAAACGAAGACAGUACAGUUUCGGCCUGGGAAAACGAAACGACAACACGGACUAUCCACUCAGACUGAACCUGGAUUACCUUCCAGUCGACAAUCCCGCGUUCCAUUCCCAAGAGAACACGGACGACUUUCUCGAGGAGAAACGGGGAAGACAGCCUUACAGCUUCGGAUUAGGGAAGAGGGCGGUGCAUUACAGUGGUGGACAACCGUUAGGCUCGAAGAGACCGACCGACAUGCUCAGUCAGAGAUAUCAUUUCGGGCUUGGGAAGAGGAUGUCCGAAGAUGAGGAGGACUCGUCGCAGUAGGAUCUUCCUCGAGGGAAUAUCGGUCGACGACUCGUCACGAUGGUGUGUCGCCGACGUAAACGGCAAUGUAGCUCCAAUUCGAUGUCGCUGAGUUUUAUUGUCAGACGAAGUAUAUCGAUUACGCAACAAUAAAGACACAUUUUGAAGUUUCAACGUUUCUCUUUUAACACGAGUUCUUUUCGCUAUUUAUUGGCUUGACCGGGUAAAGAGGUCUCUGCUCUCGUCGAGACAAUAAUUUUUGCUGCUCUUGAAUCAAAUAUAUUUUUAUUCCAGGUGCUUAUUAUUCUUUCUUGAUUGUACUUGAUGGUUUUCAGUGCAUCUUGAGAGCAAGGAAUUUCUUUUGAUAAACUUUUGUAUUUGAAGAUCGUUGUAUAAUUGAAGUUUUUUUGAUCUUUAUUUACAUGCAUAUUGGAAAUUGGUUAAGAAAGGAACAUAACAAUGAAUACGAAUUAAAAUAGGGAAAAGAUACAGAUGCAUCAUAUUUUUUGAAAUUGCACAUUUAUAUCAAUGUUGAAUAUUACUCACAUUUAUCUUCGAUUCUCGUUGGUAAAUGAAUGCAAUUGUUGUAUAAAAAUCUUACAAUUGACAAUACAAUCUUACAAUUAGCUUAUCCUUACAAACUAUCUUGUAAAUAAAUUGUAGAUGCAUUUGUAGUAUUUUAAUAUUUGUCUUUUAAUAUUUAUUAAUUUUCUUUGAUCUGAUUAAUCUAAUUAACUUAGGGACAAUUCAAUAAUAAUAAGAUAUAAUUUAUAUAAAUUUAUUUUUCCAAUGUUAUUCUUCAAAAGAAAGUGUUCUUUUUUAAUCAUCCCAAGGCAACAUGCUUCUUAGAAAGAUAGAAGAAGAAUGUAACUCGAAGAAAGUCGAAGAAGCUAUUGCCAUUUGUGUCAUUGAAGAUGAAUUUUUCAAUAAAAUUAUUGUCAACGUUGAACAACUUUCUUGUAACUUUUCAUUCCUUUCAAGUGCUAAUAAAAUCAUUCCAUGGACUUCACUUUUGCUCGGUCAAGCAAACAACAAAUACUUUCUAUUUCCUUAUUUUUCUUCAAUUUUCAUUGAAGAAAAAGUUUGACUUCGAGACUUUAUUCCAUUCGACGAUUCGCUUUGGUUCUUGUGAAAACGUUGUAAAAAUGAAUAAUAUGAAUGAAUAGCAGAGCUGGGUGAUGGAUUAUCUCGAUCGAUUUUGAUUUCUAUGAUAAAAUGCAGCGAUUGGAGACAUUGGAGGAUGAUCGUAUGAUUGGCUUGGAUUCACGAUUAACGUGAAGAUUGUGGAAAAGAAUAUUAAAAAUGAAACGGCCGAAUUUUUUGUGAAACCUUUGAAACAAAAUGUUUACAAUAUUAAUUUGAAAAUGAUUUAUUAAAGUUCCUAUUGUAUAGAUAAAUUUGUUCAUUAAAUUGAUAAUAAUAAUAAUAAUAAUAAUAAUAAUAAUAAUAAUAUGUAAUAAGUCAUUUCAUCACUGAUACGACGUUACACAGAUUUUUAACAUUAGAACUACCGUAAUCAAGUUUCUCACAUUUUGCCACACUAUAUAUUUUUGGCAAUAUUCUAAUAAUAUUCUGAUGUUACUUAUAAUGAUGAAUAUUUAAUUAGCUUUUUAGAAUAGAAACACGAUUGUAUCAGGGAUAUAGUGACAAAAUGGCACAAAUGGCCAAUUUUGGCCAAAAAGAGCACAAGCAAGAUCUACGUGGAAAAGAUGUACUAAUAUAUAUUAUUAUAAUCAUCGAUAUAUUUAAAUAUUACGCAUUCUAGGUAGUUCUGGUGUUGACAGAAAUUUAUAAAAAAUGAAUUCCAUUAUUUUUCUUCCAUGAUUUCGAAUAACAAAUCACAUGUUUUUGUCACAAAUUUUCAAUAAAGCAUUUAUAAACCUGCUAUUUACAUUCUUUAUUUAUUCACGAAAUCAUACAACGUUUGAAAAUAUAAUAUUUUGUCAUUAACAAUGUUUUAACAUCUCUUGAAAAUUUCUAGCGGAUCGAAAUUUGGAAUUUUAUUUAUUUGAGACGAAGAAUCAUUGUGUAACAAAAAAUUGAAAUUUUUCCUGAUUUCAGCCUAAUUAACCCAGCUCUGUGCUUUAUCCAAUUGUGUCCAAUUGUGAAUUCGAAAUUAUUAUUGCUUAUAUAUUAAAACAUGGCUAAAUAUAAUUCAAAAAUAUAUUUCCAAAACCCAUGUAA